UUUUGCCACAUGGAUCAAACUUUUAAAGAACGUCCCUCUUCCCUCACUGUCUGUAUUUCUAGACUCCUUUUGACUGCUGUCUGGUGGAGUGGGUGCGGUUCUCUGAGUCUAUGCCUUCCUCUCAAUCAGUCAGACCUGCUGUACAGAAGGCAACGUAGGAAGGCAUGUUCCUAGCUCCUCCUUGCUCAGUGCUCUCCUUCAGACACACAGGAGCAAACCCAGCUUGUUAUGGCAGGGGCCACACGGUGGCAUUUCCCAGACAGCCGAGGCAUGCCGUCCCUGCCUGCUGAAGAGACAGGCAGGCAGAGCUGAGAACAGACUGCAGAGGACAAUCUGACAGGCAAAAUCAGCAAGUUGAGGAAAGUGCUGAGCAUGUCCCGAGGUCUUAUUGCACGUCAUAAAAUGGCUGAGAAUGGAGUUAAAGGGAAGCCCCCAUACUCAUUAGAAACCCCUUAUGGCUUCCAAAUAGAUCUGGAUUUCCUAAAAUAUGUGGAUGACAUAGAGAAAGGCAACACAAUCAAAAGGGUUCCCAUUCAGCGUCGAAGCAAAGGACCCCGGGCCAGCACUCUCCCCAGGAAUCUCAAUUCCUCUGGUUCUGGCUACCAAACAAGUCCAUGGAGAUCUACAGGAGCUCUUAACCCCAGAUCCCGACCGUUCGAUAACCAUCAUCCUGGGUAUUAUUCUUGGACCUUCGAUCACAGGCCUCCUCUCUCUCCUACAAGGCUUACAUCUCUGGUAGAAAUGGAGGCCAGGAUCAAGGAGUUUGACGAACAACCUCUCGGAGAGCACAUCAGGCCUCAUCUCCUGCGGGCCUCCAGUUUACCACUCACGGUGUUACUCAGACAAGAAUCGGAGUCCACAGAUGACAGAAGCAGCAUCCGGAGCUCAAGGGAUUACCUUGGUGGAAGAAACACCUCCUACGAGGAUGUCUUCUUCUCAGAUAGUCCUCGUCCAAAGGACUGCUCUGGGCUGCUGAGGCGCCUGACCGAGGCCCUUGAACGUGUUGGGGAGCUUGAGAUGGAGGUGAGGGUCAUUCCUGAGCUCAGGGCUCAGAUCUGCAUCCUACAAGAGGAAAGGGAAAGGCUGCAUCUGGGCUUGGUCCACCACAUCCCUCCAUUAACAGUUAAUGGAACAACAGAACUUUCUCAUUCAUCUGCCUACAGCAAAGGGGAUGUCAUAAAAUCCCAGCAGGACAGUCACAUCAUGUUUCCCAGAAAUCACAGUCAGAACAAAAUAAAUCCUACACAUGAUUGGAAAGCCAGCACAGAUCUCGAUGAGCUGCUGACAGUGACCUCCCUGCAGGCGAAAGUAGCAGCACUGGAGCAGAAGCUCCAUGACACUGAGCAAGACCUCCAGAGGAUGGUGGGACUUCUGAAGGACCAGCAGCAGGAGAGCAGAAGGAAAGAUGGCAAGAUAGAAUACCUCAUCAGGAAUCCAGGGGUGUGGGUCCGUGCAGAGAAGGUGGUGGUAGACCAGGAGGGAGAUGAGACUGUGGUGAGAUCCACUGAACCCCAUUAUAAUCCAGCCUCCUCCUUCAUCUCCACAAGAACUGUAACCUCAAAUGCUCAAAGACACCAAGACUCAGUAAUGUCUACUGAAAGGGGUUCACAUGAUGGGUGCACAGAUACAUCAGUGAUAAUUCGCCAUAUUAAAAGAAUCAAGAGUCUCCUGGAUCGGCAGUGGGAGUGUGUGUGUGGAGAGUCAGGAGAGAAGGGCAAACCCCUGAAACACCCAGAUCCAAAAGUCAACUCUCUGCAGCAGGAGAUGAUGGAACUUGUCGAUGUCCUCGUGUCUGGAUACAAGCAGCAUGAUGACAGCGAUGGAGAGAAGAUCCAGAACACAGCCUCCAAGUCCACCCUGGAGACUGAUGGAAGCACCCAGAAGUUAAAAAAGUUGCACUCAGUGGAUGUUAAUGAAGGAAUCCAAAUGUCCACUAAGGGAAGCGUGGAUGGCCUGUGUGGUUUCAGUGAUAUGGAGCACAGGGAAACCAGUGUUGGGAGCCAGGGGAUGGACGAUACCCAGGUGGAUGUACAACCUGCAAAAAGAGGAGUCCAAGCAGAGAUGUUAACAUGCCCAAGGGGACGUUUAACACCAGUGGGAACGAUAUCAGGACAAACAGAUGGAGGCACAGUGACGCUGGAAGCUAAGGCUCCAGAGAAAACGUCCAAACCUGAAACCUUGGAAGAACAGAUGGAGGGGAUCUCUGGCUCAGACAGCAAGGGAUGGGAAACACUGAGUGCAGAUUUUGUGUCUGCUUGUCAUUUUGUUAAGGAUCACAUGGACAUCAAAGAAAACCCCAAUGAUGACAUGAGGAAAGCUCUGGUAACAAUGUUCCAGAACUGGUUCGGAGCUGCUGCGGAGGAGACCUCUGAGGCCUGCAGGGUGGCUGCUUACCUGAAAGACGUAAAGAGGGAAGCACCAUCUCUGUUGGCUUUCCUCAUCAAUCUAGCAGAUGACAACGGCAACACGGUGCUGCAUUACAGUGUAUCCCACUGCAACUAUGGCAUUGUGGGUCUGUUGCUGGACACAGGUGUGAGUGACGCAAACGUUCAGAACAAAGCUGGAUACACAGCUGUGAUGCUGGCCUCGCUCACCGCUCCUGAUGGACCUGUUGGGAUGGAGGUUGUCCGAAAAUUAAUGGAGUUGGGGGAUGUCAAUAUUCGCUCCAGUCAGACAGGUCAGACAGCUUUGCACUUGGCAGUGAGACACGGUCGAGUUGUUAUGGUUCGCCUGUUGCUGAGCUGUGGAGCCAAUGCCAACAUCCAGGACAACCAGGGAAUGACAUCCCUCAUGUUUGCAUCAAAACGAGGACACACACACAUUGCAAGACUGCUGCUGGAAAGAAGUCCGUGUGACCUGAGUCUGACUGACAAGCGGGGGCAAACUGCAUUCUCUAUUGCCACGCAAGGUUCCCACACCGAUACUGCAGCCCUCCUGCAGGCCCACGCUAAGGCUCGAGGUCUCUGAAAGUGGAAAACUCAAGAUCGGUCAAAGUAUUAUCUUGUUUGAGGCACUUGAAAAGAGACUCAGCUGUUUCUUUUCAUGAUAGUGAUUUUUCUGGACUGCUGCAUGAGCAUUAGCUUUAGCCUUGGACAGGAAGCCAUCAAACAAAUGAGACUGUAUGUUAUUUACAGCUUGGAUGACUGGUGGCUGUUGAUGCACUAUACAUUAAAUCUGAUUUUUUUUUUAUUGUGUUUUCAUGUGUGGUUGUUGUAGUUUUCUCAGAGCUUUGCAUAUUUUUUUUGUAGCAGCUUAGCUCUGCAAACAAUGCAAUGGAAAAAGUAUUUAUUCUGAAAGGUUUUAUUGUAUGUGUAUGAGUUAUCAAAAAUAAUCAACAUGUUACCUUUUCCAGCAAUUUAGCAGCCUCUAAAUUAUUUCUGCAAAGCUCAUAUCCCUCCCUGCAUGCAAACCAGAUAGAACCCUGCAAAUGAUACAAGCACAUAUCAUGUCCUUCCAGUUGCUAUAAUAAACUACACACUGUAUAUCUGUCAAUAAAUAUGAUGAAAGCAAA